AUGAACGAGGUCUUCGACUCAAGCGGAGGCGAGUCGUCCGAAGACGAAGCCGAAAGAGAUGAAGCUAAAACUACGGAUGUUCUGUCGGAAGACGCGGUCGAAGCAAAAACUGAGGUAGAUGACGACGACGACGACGACGAAGCGUGGGCAAAGAAGCAAACCGCGAAAUUGAGCAAGACUGAACGUCUCGGGACGGUGAAUCACGACGAGAUCGAUUACGAACCGGUGAAGAAAAACUUUUACAUCGAAGCGAAGGAAAUAGCGUCGAUGACCAAGGCGGAGGUGAAGCAGCUUCGUGUGGAGUUGGACGGAAUCAAGUGUCGAGGUAAAAAGGUGCCGAAACCCAUCAAGACGUGGGCGCAGGCGGGCUUGAACAAUCGCGUGCAUGAGCUGAUUCGCCGGUCUGGAUUCGAAAAGCCGAUGCCUAUUCAGGCACAAGCGCUUCCCGUGAUCAUGUCCGGACGCGAUUGCAUCGGGGUCGCGAAAACCGGUAGCGGGAAGACUUUAGCGUACAUUUUACCGAUGUUGCGCCACAUCAACGCGCAGGAGCCCCUCGCCUCCGGCGACGGACCUAUUGGUAUGAUCAUGGGACCUACGAGAGAGUUGGUGACGCAGAUUGGUAAAGAUUGCAAGCGUUACGGAAAAGCCAUGGGGUUUUCGGCCGUGUCCGUGUACGGUGGCUCGGGUAUAGCGGCGCAGAUUGGCGAUUUGAAACGCGGCGCGGAAAUCGUCGCGUGCACGCCCGGUCGCAUGAUUGACUUGCUGACGACAGGUUCGGGAAAAAUUACAAACUUGCGUAGAGUAACUUACAUGGUGCUCGAUGAGGCAGACCGUAUGUUCGAUAUGGGCUUUGAACCACAAAUUACUCGCAUCCUGGCCAAUCUUCGUCCGGAUCGCCAGACGGUGAUGUUUAGCGCCACGUUUCCGCACACGAUGGAGGCGUUGGCGCGUGCCGCGCUGGACAACCCGAUCGAGAUCCAAAUCGGUGGAAAGUCCGUGGUGAACUCCGAUAUAGAGCAGCUUGUGGAACUUCGUCCCGAAGAAGAUCGAUUUUUACGAGUCUUAGAAUUACUCGGCGAAUGGUACGAGCGCGGCAAGAUUAUAAUCUUCGUCGCGAGCCAGGACAAGGCGGACUCGACUACGAUUUCAGACUUCAAAUCAGACGUCUGUAACAUCCUCGUCGCCACCUCCGUCGCCGCUCGCGGGUUGGAUGUCAAGGAUUUGAGGCUCGUCAUCAACUACGACACGCCUAACCACUUGGAGGAUUACGUGCACAGAGUUGGACGUACUGGACGCGCCGGCCAGAAAGGGACCGCAGUAACGUUUAUUUCAGAAGACGAAGAAAAGUUCGCACCCGACUUAGUCAAGGCGCUUAAAGAGUCGAAGCAAAACGUCCCGCAGGAUGUGCAAGCAAUGGCGGAUGAGUUUACUCGUAAGCGCAAGGAGGGUCUCGUCGGUGCCGCUGGUUCUGGCUUCGGUGGUUCUGGAUUCAAAUUCAACCAAGAAGAGCAAGACCUCUUGCGCAAACAGAAGCGUGACGCCGCUCGAGCGGCUGGCCUGGAUGUAGACGAUGGUGAGAGCGAUAGUGACGAAGAGCCAGCUGCGCACACGCCAGGAGCGCUCGUCGCCAAGGGUGGCUUGACGCCCGCGCAGAUCGCGCAAGCUGCGGCGCAAUCCGUUUUUGCAAAAAUGAAGCAGCCGCAAAAACAAGCUGCAGGCGCGCAAAAUACGAAAGCGAUCGCAUUGGCUCAGAGCUACGCGCUUGCGCACGGCGCAUCGGCGGGUGCCGCUAAAGCCGCCGCCCUCGCCGCAGCGCUCAACGCGCAGCACGCAAAAACGUCCAGAGGGCCGACGCAGUCAGGCUCGCACUUCGAGACUGAGCUCGAGAUCAACGACUUCCCACAAUUCGCGCGCUACAAGGUCACUCACAAAGACACGUUAGUGCAAAUCAUGGAGCAUACCGGCGCCGCAGUCACGGCAAAAGGGCAAUACGCCGCCCCCGGGCGUCCGCUCGCCCCCGGCGAUCGCAAGCUCUACCUCCUCAUCGAAGGCCCCACCGAGCGCGUGGUCAAGGAAGGAAAGAACUACGUCAAGAACAUCAUCGAGACCGCCAUCGCUAAGCAAGCCCUUCCCGGCGCCGCAGGUCAACCACAAGGCCGUUAUCGCAUCUAG